AUGGGGGAAGCUACAGCGGCCGAGGACACAGGAUCAACGGGAGUCAACGACAGGAAGAACCCGUCCAGCGAGGUGAGCGAGAUUAAUUCGUCAGAGGCGGAGACAGAUAGGAUGGACAGCGUCGAAGAGAGCAGGCUCGCGAAGCUUGCUGAAACAAACAAGCAGGAAGAAGACGAGAAACUCAGCGGCGAGGAGGAAGACGCGGGAGAACAGGCCGAAGAAGAGUCGGGAAUGGAGGAAGACCAAGACACAGGCGAGGACAAGGAGGAGCGCAAUAGCCAGAAAGAAGGGGAAGAGGAGAAAGCCAAAGAACACAUCAGGUUAAAUGCCUUGGAAGAGAUAAAGAAUAUUGAGAUUGAGUUUGCGCUGUUGAAAGACAAACUGUAUGAGACACAGAUGAACAAGCUGUUAUUUGAGCUGGAACUCUGCAAUUCGAACAAGCACCCAGACUUCAUCAACUACUCCAACAUGAUCGAGAAUAACUUCCAGGCCAAAGUUGCGCGAUACGUGAACCUGCAAAAAUACAAGCUUAAAUGCCUGGACAACCAGACGCGAGCUACACGAGUGGCGAUACACCAGCAGUUCAUCAAGUGCUGUCAGGACCUGAAGAACGAAGAGAUUACGAACAUAACGUCGAACUGGUACGAGAUCAACAAGGAACGACGGGCCAUGGACAACAUCACUUUGAACCUACCGGACUAUUACCAAUACAACGGAGACAUCACUGCUGCAAACGUGAAUUCGCAGAGCGCAAUAAACCGGCUGGUGGUUCAAAGAAACGCACUUUACCACGAGCUCAGCAGCUUGAAGGGCAUAGAAAAAUACACUGGAGGAUUCCCAAGCUCGCUGAACGACCUGAAAAGCUGUACGGGUGAGGAGGCCCAGCAGGAUCUCAAAGAGAUGAACCUGGUAUGA